AGUGUUACAAUUAUCUCUUCGCUCUUUGUAAUAUCCAUUCCCGGGUUAUAUAACUACUCCAUGAACUAUGCUAUGAUCAGGGUUUAUUCCAUUGAAUUCCUGAUAUUAUAACAUUUUUAAAUCUUUCGAAUAGUUUCAUUUUUCUUCUACUUAUAAAUAAACACGCAAUGGUUCUCAGUUCUAGAAUGCUGAGUGCUUUUCGUCACAAGAAAUUACUAAGUUCAAAUCUUCGACGUUUUCACUUUUCUGUGAAAGGAAGACAGACAGCUGGUGGUGUUUCUAAUAGUGCGAUUUCUACUGACUAUCCUGUGGUGGAUCACACUUAUGAUGCUGUGGUUGUUGGUGCAGGUGGUGCAGGGCUCAGAGCAGCUUUUGGACUCGUUGAAGAGGGAUUUAAAACUGCCUGCAUAACAAAACUCUUUCCAACACGUUCCCACACAGUAGCUGCACAGGGUGGUAUUAAUGCUGCGUUAGGAAACAUGGAGCCAGAUGACUGGAAAUGGCACAUGUAUGACACCGUGAAGGGAUCUGAUUGGCUGGGUGACCAAGAUGCCAUUCAUUAUAUGACAAGGGAAGCUCCUCAAGCAGUUAUUGAGCUUGAAAACUAUGGUAUGCCUUUCAGUAGGACACAAGAUGGUAAAAUUUACCAAAGAGCUUUUGGUGGCCAAUCCUAUAACUUUGGGAAAGGAGGCCAGGCUCAUCGUUGUUGCUGUGUUGCUGACAGGACUGGUCACUCACUGCUACACACACUCUAUGGACAGUCUUUAAAAUAUGAUUGUAACUUCUUUGUUGAGUAUUUUGCCCUGGACCUCCUCAUGGAGAAUGGGGUCUGCAAGGGAGUCAUCGCCCUCUGCUUGGAAGAUGGAACACUCCACAGAUUUAAAGCAAAAAAUACUGUCUUAGCCACUGGAGGCUAUGGCCGAGCAUAUUUCUCUUGCACAUCCGCUCACACGUCCACAGGCGAUGGAACUGCCCUAGUGACGCGUGCUGGACUGCCUUGUCAAGAUCUGGAAUUCAUCCAAUUCCAUCCAACUGGAAUCUAUGGUGCUGGCUGUCUCAUAACGGAAGGCUGUAGGGGUGAGGGUGGCUUCCUGAUUAAUAGUGAGGGUGAGAGAUUCAUGGAGAGAUAUGCUCCUGUUGCCAAAGAUCUCGCAUCCAGGGAUGUAGUUUCGCGAGCCAUGACUAUCGAAAUAAGGGAAGGAAGAGGGUGUGGUCCAGAAAAGGAUCACGUCUUUCUCCAGCUCCAUCAUCUUCCUCCCGAGCAGUUGGCCACCCGUCUUCCCGGUAUAUCAGAAACGGCCAUGAUCUUUGCUGGUGUGGACGUUACUCGGGAACCCAUCCCUGUUUUACCCACAGUUCACUACAACAUGGGUGGGGUGCCUACAAACUACAGAGGACAGGUUAUAACCUAUGAUCCUGCAAAGAAGGAGGAUAAAAUUAUACCAGGUCUCUAUGCUUGUGGAGAAGCUGGAUGUGCUUCUGUGCAUGGAGCAAAUAGGCUGGGAGCAAACUCACUCCUGGAUUUGGUUGUAUUUGGAAGAGCCUGUGCUCACUCCAUUGCAGAAGAAGAUAAACCUGGUGAUUCCAUUUUAGAUCUCCACUCUACGGAUGGUGAAGAAUCAGUUGCUAAUUUAGACAGAAUGAGACAUGCUGAUGGAUCAACAUAUACAUCUCAACUGAGAUUACAAAUGCAAAAAACUAUGCAGGGUCAUGCUGCCGUCUUCAGGACUGGAGAAAGUUUGAAGGAAGGUGUGCAGAAAAUAUCUGAAUGCUUUGAGCAACAGAAAGACCUUAAGGUGUGUGACAAAGGACUGAUAUGGAACACUGAUCUUGUGGAGACACUUGAGUUGCAGAAUCUGAUGCUGAAUGCUGUUCAGACAAUGAUUUCUGCUGAAGCAAGGAAGGAAAGUCGCGGCGCUCAUGCACGUGAAGACUUUAAGGAUCGCAUGGAUGAGUAUGAUUAUUCAAAACCUUUGCAAGGUCAAAAGAAGAAGCCCAUUUCAGAGCAUUGGAGGAAACACACACUCUCUUGGGUCGACAAGGAUGGAAAGGUUCAACUCGAGUACAGACCAGUAAUCGAUGAAACUUUGGAUUCCAAAGAAUGUAAACAAGUCCCACCGGCUAUCAGGGCUUAUUAGAAGAACUUUUUUUUAGACUAAUUUCCCUAGUUGUGUUGUAUCAGCACGCCAUGUGAUAUAAUCUAGCAUUUUUUAUUUAUUAAAAAUGUAUGGAUCUGAAA